AUGUCAGAAUAUUGGAAGUCAACGCCAUCGUACUGGUGCAAAUUCUGCUCGCAAUAUGUGCGCGACACGACCAUCGAGCGAAAGAACCACGAGGCCUCGGCCAAGCACCAGAAUAACAUCCAGAGAUCACUGCGAGAGCUGCACAAGGGCAAGGAGCGAGAAGAGCGGGAGAAGCAGCGCGCCAAAGAUGAAGUCAAUAGACUGAACGGCCUCGUCAGUGGCCAGAAAUCAACAGCUGCGCAAUCCGGCGGGGCUUCGCAAAAUGCAGGCAAGACCGGCAAACCUGCUCCUGCUCCGCCGCCUACCCAAUCGACGGCACAGCAGAGAAAGGCGCAUGCGGAGCAGCUGGCUGCGCUGGGCGUGGAGCUUCCGGAAGAGUUGAAGAAGGAGGUCACGGGUGUUGGGUCUUACCAAGUUGUCGAUGCGCAUGAGGUUGAUACGAGCUCAGCUGGCGCAGUCACGGUGAACCGAUCGCUUGCGGAGAUUCUGGCAGAGGCACGCAGAGGGGAGAAUACAGUCAAGGAAGAAAAGAAACCAUCACAUAACGACGAGACUGAGGAUGACAAGGCCGGAGUGAAGCGGAAAUAUGAAGAAGACGAUGAUCCGAGAGACGAGGAGGCUGCGCCAAAAAUGCGAAAGGCUUGGGGAAGCACCGUCAAAACCUAUCCUGGAAAGACUGAGGAUGUCGAUGCCGCCGAUCUGGACGCCCUUCUUGGAGGGGUGAAGAAGAAGACGAAGACAGAAGAUGGAGCUGUGGUCAAGGAAGAGGAUGGCACUGCGGCGACCACGUUGAACUCGGUGCCUGACGUCGAAGCAGGCACAUCAACAGAUGUCAAGCAAGAAGACGGAUCUGCUGCUGCGCCUGCAGUGGUCUUUAAGAAGAGGAAGGGGAAAAAGUGA